UACAAAAUCUAGAUUUACUGAGCAUCAGAAUAUUGCAAUUUUUUUUUACUUUAUGAAAUAAUUUUGGAUGCUUGACAUUUUGCUUUUCAAUAUAUGGUACCUAAUUUCAUUCUUUAUCUUCAUUACCUUCUUAGAAACGUUGUACUGCUUUUUCAUAAAAGAGACUGAAGAGGCUGCAUGAUAUGGAUAGCAACAGUGCUGAAGAUUUAUACAUGACUACAACAUAUAGCAGAAGGACAACUUCACCUACAUUGAACUCAGAACUAAAAUUUACAUUGGCUGUUUUGGUGUUUCUGGCAGUUCUUAUGGUUUUGGUAGUCGUGAUUACAGUUUUUGGAAAUGGCUUGGUCAUCCUAGCCUUUUUGGUGAACAAAAAUCUUAGGCAUCGGAGUAAUUAUUUCUUUCUUAAUCUUGCUAUUUCAGACUUUAUAGUGGGUGCAUUCUGUAUCCCUCUCUAUAUCCCUUACAUCUUGACAGGCAAGUGGAAAUUUGGAAGACAUGUCUGCCAGCUCUGGCUAGUUGUAGACUAUCUUAUGUGCACAGCUUCAGCAUUUAACAUUGUCCUUAUCAGCUAUGAUCGGUUCCUGUCAGUUACUAAAGCUGUGACAUACAGGAUUGAACAGAAAAUGACUUCAAAUACUGUUGCUAAGAUGCUGGCAAUCUGGGUCUUUGCAUUCUUAAUCUAUGGCCCUUCACUCAUCAUUUGGGAACAUGUGGUUGACAAAAACAUCACACAUGAUGGAAACUGCUAUGCUGGAUUCCAUAACAACUGGUACUUUCUCCUGUGUGCUUCCGUCUUUGAAUUCUUCAUACCUUGUAUCUUUGUGGCCUAUUUCAACAUUCAAAUCUACCAGGAUAUACAAAAUCGCCAGAGAAUCAGGCUCCAGAGCACAGUCACCUGUAGCAAACAGAUGUCUGUAUCUUCAACAGGAAACAAAGUUUUGAUGGCUGACCAUUGCUCACUUAAGGAAGAAGUUUCUUCUCAUGAUUUAGAAACACAGGACAGUACUUCUACUUCUUCCAGGACAGUGAUGCAGUCACUGGGGACCAGCCGUAGACAUGUGGCUAGAGGCUAUUCUGUAACCCCUGACAAGGAUCAGUCAGUAGGCCCCAGAAUGAAGACCAAAUCAAAAUUGGACAGGGACAAAAAAAUUGCCAAGUCACUUGCCAUUAUUGUCUUUGUCUUUGUCAUUUGCUGGGCACCAUAUUCAUUACUUAUGAUAGUUCGUGCAGCUUGCUAUGAAGGGUGUAUCCACGAAUCCAUGUAUGAAAUAACAUUUUGGCUUUUGUGGCUCAAUUCUUCUGUGAAUCCUUUCCUCUACCCUCUCUGCCAUGCUAGGUUUCGACAGGCUUUCAGGAAAAUAUUGUGCCCCAAGAAGAUUGAGGUAUUGACACCAGCCCAGUCAGUUUCUUAG